CAGACUAGAACCUUGAACUAGAACUGAGACGGACUGUGAGAAGCUGUAGAGCAGUGAACAGUGGUAGACUGUGGCAGAAGUUCAGCUGGGUUUCUGAAGGAGACACUCACUCGACACCUGGACUUGGCUGAUUGCUCUUCAUGGCUAUCAUGGAGAUUUGUGUUCGGGAAGGUCUUCUUUUAGCCCUUUUCUUCUUUGCUGUUGAUGGAAACCGCUUAAGACCGAUUGCUGUUGAUAGACCAAGAUUGGAGCCGUUUGCUGUUGAUGGACAGAGAUCAGGGCCGUGGUUCUUGGUGACUUUUCCUGCAGUGAUCGAGGCUGGCUCUAAUGCCAAAUUGUGUGCAAUUCUUCUGAAACCCAAUGAGUCGCUCACAAUGACCGUUUCUCUGCUUGAUGAUCAAAACCGAACAACUCCUCUUGUGCAGCAGAGAUAUGCUUCUGCAGCAAUUUACCGCUGCUUUUGUUUCCAGGCUCCUUGUGUAGAUGUGGAGACCGUGUGGAAACUGAGUGUGGUAGUUAAAGGGAAGUGCUUCAAAAUGACCGAAGAGAGGAAAGUUAUGUUCAGACCUUCCCUGCCUUUGACCUUCAUCCAAACAGACAAGCCCAUCUACAAUCCAGGACAAUCUGUGAAUUUCCGAGUUGUGACAAUGGAUGCUAAAUUUGUGCCUCUUGAUCAAAUGUACAGUCUGGUAGUUGUGGAGGACAAUCAGAAGAACCGAAUCGGUCAGUGGACAAAUGUUUCCUCAACGCAGUGGAUAUUGCAGCUUUCUCACGGUUUAAACCCCGAGGCUCAGGUCGGGAUGUACACACUGAGGGCUUUUAUUGGUGACCGGAUGACCUCCCAGGUUUUCGAGGUGAAAAAGUAUGUUUUGCCCAAGUUUGAUGUCACCAUAAAUGCACCACAGAUAUACAGCGUUGGAGAUCUGUGGCUGAAAAUUGAGGUUUGCAGCAAAUACACAUAUGGGCAGCCUGUUCCUGGUCAGGCGUUGGUGGAAGUGUGCCGUGAGCCAUAUCCAUACGUUGAGGUUCCUGGGGUGACUCGUCUGUGCAUCAAUAAAACUGCUGAGAUGAAGGACACUGGCUGUGCCUCCCUUUCCUUCAGUACGUCAGUGUUUUUCACCACUAGAUUUGAAAAUAAUCUGCAAGAUGUGUUUCUUAUUACUGCCAACGUCACUGAGGAGGGAACAGAUGUGCUGCUGUCAAAAUCUGCAACCGUGUCCAUUACGUUUGAAGUUGGUAAGGUCACAUUUUUGGAGCUCCCAGAUUUCUUUGACCAUGGAUCACUGAUUACUGGAAAGGUUUCAGCAUCUUAUUUCAAUGGGGAACCAAUUGCAAGCAAGGCAGUCUAUCUCUUGGAUAAUGGCCAAUGGCCCAACAAACUGCUUUUGAAUGUGACAACAAACCAGAAUGGACUUGCCGAUUUUUCCCUCAACACCGCUGAUGUCCCUAAAGCUGAUCUUAGUCUGGUGGCCAGUGCGACUACAGAGGCUGUUAAUGGCUACAGAUCGCCAUACUUCUCUUCAGACAGAAGAAUAGUAAAGCUUUUUCAAUCUGCCAGCCCCUACAGCCCAACGUUUAGUGAACUGACAAUAGUGAAGCUUGAGCAGCCGCUGAAAUGCGGUGCCAACUAUCCAGUAACCAUCAAAUAUUCAUUUGUUGGUGAGACUGGUGACUUCAGCACUGAUAUCAUCUAUAUGGUCUUGUCCAAAGGAGUUAUUCUCCUUCAUGGAUUUCAUAGGGUUCAAGCCUGGGCUUCUAAUGGCAUCCUGAGUGGUGCGGUGUCAUUCCAGCUGUCUGUCAGCGUAGAUAUGCCUCCAGCAGCGCAGAUUCUGGUCUUCUGCAUUCUACCCAGUGAAAACGUAGUUGCUGCUAGUGCAUCCUUUGACACAGAAAAGUGUUUCCAAAACCAGGUUUCUCUGCAGUUCUCUCCAGCUACAGCUGUUCCUGGUGAGGGAAGUGUUUUGACGGUCUCUGCUCAAGCAGGAUCCCUGUGUGGCCUCAGUGCUGUUGAUCAGAGUGUCCUGAUCAUGGAGCCAGGAAGACGUCUGAGUGCUGAAGCGGUGUUCGGCUUACUUCCAGUGCAAGGGGUAUCAGAUUUUCCAUUUGGUGUCGAGGACGAACAGGAAUGCCUGAAUGUUCGACCCCGUCGAGCUGUUCCUACAGACCAAGCAUACGACGCUUUCAAGAGUGUGGGACUGAAGAUCGCAACAAAUCUGCCUGUCCGAGACCCUCAGUGCCUCAAAUACAGAGACAUGAAUUACUAUCGCAACUACUUCUAUGGUGGUCGUCCUGUUGCCUUUCUAAAACCUGAAAUGGCUUUUGCUGCAGUAGGAGUUAGUGGAGACCGGAGCAGUUCCCCUUUUGUCAUUACCGUCAGGACUUACUUUCCAGAAACCUGGAUCUGGCAACUUGCUCAAGUGGGAGACACUGGAUCCACACAAGUUCCUCUCACGGUUCCUGACACUAUCACAACAUGGGAGACCGAGGCAUUUUGCUUGUCCUCCAAAGGUUUCGGUUUGGCUCCUCCUGUUAAACUGACGGUCUUCCAGCCCUUCUUCCUGGAGCUCUCCCUGCCUUAUUCCAUCAUCCGUGGAGAGUCUUUUGAGCUGAAGGCCACUGUAUUCAACUAUCUGUCCAAUUGCAUCAUGGUUAAAGUAACUCCAGCUACAAGCUCCGCCUUCACACUUACACCAUUUAAAGAGCCAUAUUCAUCCUGUCUCUGUGCUAAUGGGAGAAAGACAUUUAAGUGGGUUCUCUUAGCCUCUGUUCUUGGAUCUGUCAAUGUGACGGUCAGUGCUUUGGCUGAAGAAUCCCAGACUCGAUGUGGCACUGAGAUUGUGACUGUGCCAGAGAGAGGACGCAUUGAUGUAGUCACUCGAAGUCUACUUGUUCUACCUGAAGGAGUUGAGAGGACAAAUGCCCAGAGCUGGUUACUGUGUCCAAAGGAAAGUGUUCUUACUGAAGAUGUGAUUCUGACAUUUCCGACAAAUGUGAUCCGGGGAUCAGCCAGAUGCUCCGUUUCAGUCCUUGGGGACAUAAUGGGCCGUGCACUGAAGAAUCUGGAUCGGUUAUUACAGAUGCCAUUUGGCUGUGGAGAACAAAAUAUGAUCGUUCUUGCUCCCAAUAUUUACAUCCUGCAAUAUCUGGAAGUCACAGGUCAACUCACCACAGCCAUCCGACAGACUGCCACCGGUUACCUUCAGAGCGGAUACCAAGGACAACUGAACUACAAGCACCCUGACGGUUCAUACAGCACAUUUGGUUAUGAUGAAUCAAACACAUGGUUGACUGCCUUUGUCCUGAGGUCUUUUGGUCUAGCGAAACGCUUCGUAUUCAUCGAUCCAAAUGUCCUUCAGAGUGCAAAGGACUGGCUGAUAAGCCAGCAAGGUUCAAAUGGCUGUUUCACGCAACGGGGGACUUUGUACCACAAUGACAUGAAGGGUGGAGUUGAUGAUAAUGUGACCAUGACCGCCUACAUCACUGCAUCGCUGCUUGAACUCGGUGUCCCUGUCACGGAUCUUGUCAUCACCAAUGCUCUGUCAUGCUUGAGGCCUGUUGUUGGCGACCUGGCAAACACUUAUGCCACCGCUCUCCUCACUUACACCUUCAGUUUGGCAGGAGAGACCAGCACUCGAGCACAGCUUUUAAACACCCUGAACAACCUUGCCAUUUCUGAAGGCAACAAGCUCCACUGGUCUCAGACUUCUUCUGGUGAUACUCUGGCGGUGGAGAUCAGCUCAUAUGUGCUGCUAGCGGUUCUUGCUGUACAGCCUCUCACGACGGCUAAUCUGGGAUAUGCUAACCGCAUUGUCAACUGGCUUGUGGCCCAGCAGAAUCCCUAUGGAGGCUUUACCUCCACCCAGGACACAGUGGUGGCUCUUCAGGCUCUGUCCAUGUAUGCCACUCAAGUGUUCAGCUUGGAUGGCUCCAGCACAGUUACUGUACAGUCCUCCGUGGUAGGAGGAGAUGUUCAUAACUUUGACGUGACUCUGGACAACAGGCUGCUGUAUCAGGAAAAACAACUGGAGAGCGUUCCAGGCAUAUAUAGGAUUGAAGCAACAGGAUCCACUUGUGUGUCUGUGCAGGUUGCAUGUUUCUAUAACAUCCCAACACCCAAUAAAGUAGCCAGGACAUUGAGUGUCGAAGCGAAGGUGACUGGAGACUGCCAACCACUUGGAGCCAAUCUUAUGUUGAACUUCAUGGUGAAAUACGAUGGCCCAAAGUCAAGCACUAACAUGGUUAUAGUAGACGUUAAGCUCCUGUCGGGUUUCACGGCAGAUACGUCACCGCUUGGAUCUCCACCUAAUUCCUUUGCCCCGCUUGUGGAGCGCGUUGAUGCUAGAGAUGAUCAUGUCCUGGUGUAUCUGAAAGAGGUUUCCAAAUGCUUCCCCAUGAGUUACAAUCUGCAGCUGAAACAGGUUCUUGCAGUGGAAAAUCUCAAGCCAGGGGUUAUCAGCGUUUAUGACUACUAUCAGCCAAGUGAUGCAUUUGAGACCACCUACAGAAGUCCCUGUCCAUGAUUUGAUUCGGUACCAGUUAGAGAAUGACUCCAGCAUUACUCAAAUAAAGCUGAU